ACACAAGCGCUGGACAGACUGAGCACAGCGGCAAUGGGCAGCCGUACGCAGUAGCUUUAUGGACUAACGGUCAUGGUAAAAUUGUACCUUCGCAUUCUCAUCAAUUGAGCGACAAGUCGGAGAGCAGUGGUAAGAUGUAAUGUUUGACCAGCAAAUGCUGAUCACCCAUUACAAUACCCCGUCAAUCGUGUUGCUCGCCUUUGUCAAAUCGAUCACACAAACCUCUGUCUUUUGAUCUGUGAUAACCGGACGACAAACACAGAGCCACGCCCAAGAGGAUGAGUGGGUCUCGCAAAGGUCUAGUCGCUCCACAGAAUACAUUUCUAGAUAAAAUUAUCCGAAGAUGCAAUGGUCAAUUCUGCAGCUUUGUGCUUGCCAACGCUCGCAUCGUCGAUUACCCCAUAGUGUAUUGCAACGAAGGAUUCGCUCGCCUCGUUGGAUACAGUCGAGUGGACAUUAUGCAGAAGAGUGGCAACUGUGUGUACUUUUAUGGAGAACAAACCACUCAGGAGAUGAGAGACCGCUUAUUGAAGGCACUGGACACUCAAACAGCUGACCAAAUUGAGAUGAUAUUCUAUAAGAAAAAUCACUCCGUUAUUUGGGUACUGGUUUAUGUGGCGCCGGUGAAGAACGAGCAAGAAGAAGCCGUUCUAUUUUUACUUGCCUUCAGAGAUAUCACACCACUGAAAACCCCACUGGAAGAUGAUGAUACAACCAAAGGUUUGAGCAAGUUCGCAAGAUUAGCGCGCUCCGUUACACGAAGUCGAUCCGCAUUGCAAUCCAUUCCGUCGCCCCAAAACACGCAAUCGCCUAGUACACCUACGCUUGCGUCUGCAGGCCUCUUGGGGAUUCCAGAGGCUGGUUCAAUCCCCCCUCGUUUGGAAGGAAGCUCGGAUCCCCGUGCCGGAUUCCCAGGAUCACAUAUUCUCCACGCAGGCGGAAAUACUUCACGUCUUUACGAUUCCACCCGCUCUGAUGCCGAAAGGGGCACAUUGAAUACUUCUGCCUGGCUUGAACUGGUACCGCCGUACAAACAAGAAGCUCCAAAGACACCUCCUCAUAUUAUACUGCACUACGUGGCCUUCAAAACCACCUGGGAUUGGAUAAUCUUAUUUCUCACUGGAUAUACUGCGGUUAUGGUCCCAUUCAACGCUGCAUUUAAGAGCAAAACUAUGGAUGACGUUAGCUUUCUGGUUGUGGAUAGCAUAGUAGACGUCAUAUUUUUUAUCGAUAUCGUUUUGAAUUUUCACACUACUUUUGUCGGUCCCAACGGCGAAGUUAUCUCGGAUGCAGCAAUCAUACGCAUCAAUUAUCUCAAAGGGUGGUUCAUGGUUGAUUUGCUCUCCUGCCUACCCUAUGACGUUUUCAAUGCAUUUCAGCCAGAGGCAACUCAGAGCACCAUCAGUUCCCUUUUCGGAACCCUCAAAGUGGUUCGCUUAUUACGAAUUGGUCGCGUGACUCGGAAAUUGGAUCAAUACCUGGAGUACAUGGCAGCCAGUUUAUUGCUGAUGAUUUCUGGGUUUGUGUUGCUAGCGCAUUGGCUGGCUUGUGUGUGGUACAGUUUGGGACAAGCAGACCUGAAAAAUGGCAUCUAUUACGGUUGGAUUCCCCGCUUGCUGAGCGACAUUGAUCAGACGAAAGCUAUCCCAGCCAACUGGACCAGUGGGCCUCUGCCGCUUCCACGAACCAUGACGUAUGUGACCUCAUUGUACUUUACUUUGUCCCUCAUCACAAGCAUCGGCUUUGGGAACGUCUCUGCCACGACUUUCGGUGAAAAGAUCGUAUCGGUCGUAUUCAUGCUGAUCGGGGCGUUCGGCUACGCGACCAUAUUCGGCAACGUCACCACUAUUUUCCAAGGAAUGUAUGCCACUCGAUCCCGCUACCACGAUAUGAUGGGUUCUGUGAAAGACUUUAUCAAAACGCAUAGCGUACCAAAAGAUCUUGCUGAGCGCGUCAUUGACUACGUGACGUCUACAUGGGCCAUCACCAAGGGCAUCGACACAGCUAAGGUACUCAAUUAUUGCCCUAAGGAUAUGAAAGCCGAUCUGUGUAUUCACCUGAAUCGUAUGGUGUUCAACGAGCAUCCGGCGUUCCGCUUGGCUAGUGACGGCUGUCUGAGAGCUCUGGCGGUGAACUUUAACACAAUCCACACGGCCCCCGGGGAUUUGAUCUUUCAUCAAGGAGAAAGCAUCGAUCAGCUGUGUUUCGUCGUCUCGGGGUCAUUAGAGGUGAUACAGGACGAUGAAAUUGUGGCAUUUCUGGGUCGAGGAGACGUGUUCGGGGAACCGUUUUGGAAGGACCCAAAUCGAAUGAGCCACUCAGCUGCAACCGUUCGUGCGCUGACUUACUGUGAUCUACACUGUAUAAAGAAGGAUAGUUUACUACAGGUGUUGAGUUUCUACUCGGCGUUUUCGAACAGUUUUGCACGAAAUCUCGUAUUAACUUACGACCUGAAAACUAGACUGAUUUUCCGUAAGCUAGCGGACGUGAAACGGGAGUACGAGUUGGCGGAACACCGUAACAAUGACAAUCCUCUCUCCGGCCUCCGAGCGGAUCAUCCGGUUCGUCGUAUGAUACAUCGCUUUCGUAUGAUUGGUGCACACGCCCAAACGAUAAACGGUUCCUCGAGCGGGGGCGCUACGGAUCCGGAUCCCAAAGGAAACAGACUACCCACUUCAUUAAGUGCGGCUGACAAUGGAGAUGCAACGGAGAUGCAUAAAACCAACUCACGGAGAGGUUCACUCACAAACUCCGCUCCAUCCGGUGAAUUCGGAGCCAAUCAUGCAACGAAACUUGACGGAAUCACAUCCAAGUGGAGCAAGCGUAUAAGCCUACAGCGCAGCCCACUGAGUGGUACGGAAGAUGAAGAUACCAACCUGGGAAUCACACACCGAGCAGUGGAAUCAGAAAGAGCGAAUGCUCCCAUCAGAUCUAAACUUCAGUCCCGCUGGGGUAGGUUACUGACCCCAGCUCCGAUCAAGGAGGAGUCAGAGAAGGAUGAAACAACCUCGCACAAGUCGUCAAAUCAGUCUAUUGAAUGGAAGAAAUUACCAUCUGAUACUGGCAAGGGAAUGGGCUACGGUACGUCUUCUGGCGAGGGCAAGAAGGAAAUAGAGGCAGUGUCGAACCAGCAAAUCCUGACGUGCAUGCUUCAAAUGCAGUCAGAACUUACAACUGAGUUGAACACCCUAAUGAAAAGGAUGGACCAAGUUGAUUCACGAAUUGGUGAACUUCUGUCGACCGUGCGUAGUGAUCCCGGAGUAACACUCGGACAAGUCAAUGGCGCGUAUUCUGAGUCACAAGCAAAAUUGGGUGAGUGUGAGAACAGAAGGGUCAGUACCCAUCACAAAUCACCCCGUGUGGGGCACAACAAUCGUGUUUAUCCAGCCAAGCAGUCGUAUAUCAUUUCAACCGCAGUCCCAUCCAACAGAAAAAAGACACCCAGCCCCUUGGUCAAGCUCCAGACGCGUGUUUUUGGGGGUAUCAGGCAGAAAAAGUUUGUACCCAUGCCAUACCGAGUCAGUCCAGAAGAGGAAUCAUGGCAUUCAAAUAUGAGGUCAUACCUCGGUGGAGAUAGCAUCACGCGAUACCACUGUCAGCACCCGACAGAAACGGACACGUCUUCUUUCGCAGCUGAGAGCCAAUCUUCCACCUCAACACCACUUCAAGGCUUCGACGCACGCUCCGUCUCACAAAUUUCAAACGAUCUUUCAAGUGACGUGGAUGUGGCUGAUCCCUGCUUUAACCCUCAGCAAAUUUCCGCCGUUAUUGAUAGCAACCAGAGGAUGACUAGAGAGCGAAGCAGUGAUAGUCUGUUCCAUGACCCUUUAUUGUUAGAAGAUGCGUCUCAUCCUGACUACGUCACCCGUAGCAGAUUCAUCAACGCAACAAACACAAAAUCCAUGGCCUCGACACCCCUGAACAACCCAUCAUUUGAAAUACCACGUGUCCAUUGUGAUAGUUUAGGAACUCCCAACCAGUCUAUAAAGCCAUCGGUCGUUUUUCCUUUAGACACUUGUUCUGGAGUAGCAACUGUGCAUCUCUUGACACAGCAAAGUGUAUGUUCUUCAUUAACAAGUGCACAAAUGGAUGUGCACCCAGUUCAACUUAGUUCCGUCACCCCUUUGUCUAUUGUGGGCUCUGUAGUUCGGUUUCCCCAGUGGUGGCCAAAUCUUCAACACAGGCUAGAUCACUCAGAAGACCAAUGCAGCUUGACCAAAUACACAUUCGCACAUUCCAAACCGCAGGUGGCUAGCCAGCCUAGCUCUUCUACAACUUCUUCAACGAAACCUUUUCAGUAUACUGACCCGAAGUGCUGAAGUGCAUUGUCAAUAAAUGUUCAGAUGUUUAACUAAAGCCGUUUAUGCCUC